GUGGAUCUCAUUUUUAUAAAUUAUACAAGACGGUUUAGUGGCAGUCAUUUGUAAGCAGAAAAAAAAUACUUAUCUAACCAAAUAUGAUGCCUCUUUGGUAAAACUUAACAUAGAUUUGGCAAAUAUUUGACAUUUUGAUAAUGCGAAAUCAGAUACGCUUCUAUUGAUUUUUGUUUUGUACAAUUUUACCAACAUUUAUUCAAAAUGCCGAAGCUUGAUGAGGACAAAGGCAUUGUUUACUGCAACCGUGUACGCGUUGGUAAUUGGUAUGAAUCUACUAAAUUGGAGGAGUAUAAAUUAAAUAAGUUUUUGGAGCAAAUGAAAAAGGGAGACUUGAUGUUAGCUAGAUUCCGUAAAAUGACGGAAAAUCUUAACAAACCGACUGUUUUAACUCAAUCUUCUGGGAGCAUUGGGUUUGGGGCAAGAAUAUCACUCCUCGCACCUCAUGUGCCAGCGUCUGAUCCACCCGUGGAAGACAAAAAGGGGCUGCUACUUUGUGGCCGUAUUUCGUCUAAUGAUAUCACGUACUCUCAAGAGCUAGUUGACGGGUGCUCCCUGGCUGGUGUCCCCGACCUGCAACCAGCUGAAAGAAGCACUUUCAUUAUAACCAGUGCAGACUACUGUAACAGGGAGGGGGAGCAAUUAAAGUACAAUCAAGAAUUUCUUUUAAUGCUCUCUUCAUCGGAAAAGAAAAAGCCUCUUUACAUACGGUAUGAUCCUAAUCCGAUACCUGGACUUUGCGGUAAGUUUCCUCUCUACCUGAGCGAACAUUUUGUAUCGAACACGCGUUGGCGGCUGUUACCUGUGCAAAAACCAGGCAUUACUAGAUUCGAGCAGGAAGGACACCCUAUUACCGUGAAUGCGGAUUUGAUAAUAAAUCAUUGUGCGACUAAUAUUAAUCUAGGCAUUAAUGUUGGCGUGUGGGCGAUGGGAUUUUAUGGGAAAAUUUGUGCUCCGGUAAUGAAAACAUAUCUUGAUGUCUACGGUCGUGAAUUACCAAAUAAUAUAUGGCAAAUUUACACACCCAUUGCUAGUUAAAUGAACAAAAUCAAUAUUAUGUAUAAUGUAUAAAAAUAUUCAAAGAAAAUUACCUUUUACUAAAAAAAGAGUUUUACUGAACUUUUAUGGAUUGGAAAAGUUAAAUAUCUAUAUAGCUUGUUUAUUAAUUAAAAAUAAAGUAGUAUUUUAUUUUGCCAUGAAGGUUAGAUAAAUAGGAAACUACUUGAAAAUAAAAUGAUUCCAGUAAGCAGAGGGCCGCGUGCUUGCCGUCUCGUCUCAUCGCCGAGAGUUCUACAAUGCUACGUUCGUUAUUGUCUCGUUUAUUAUACGGUUCGCCAGCUGAAGUCUUCGAACUGAUUGUAUCUAUCUUGGAGAAUAUGAAUAAGUCAUAGCCCUCGUUAUAAGAAUUGAUCUAAAAUAACA